UCGCUCUGUCGCCCAGGCUGGAGUGCAGUGGCACAAUCUGGGCUCACUGCAAGCUCUGCCUUCACACCAUUCGCCUGCCUCAACCUCCUGAGUAGCUGGGACUACAGGCGCCUGCCACCACGCCGGGCUCAUUUUUUGUAUUUUUGGUAGAGAUGGGGUUUCACUGUGAUAGUCAGAUGGUCUCGAUCUCCUGACCUCGUGAUCCGCCCACCUCGGCCUCCCAAAGUGCUGGGAUUACAGGUGUGAGCCACUGCGCCCGGCCCUGACCUUUAGGCUUCUAUAUAUAUGUAAGUGUGGAGUUCAAAACCAAAUAUAUAUCCUCUACUGACUAGUAAAAUGGAUAGUCAUUUAGUGGUGUUUGUAUUAUAAUGUAGCAUCUGCAGUAAAUGAAAAUAUAUUUAUUCUUCUGCAGUGACUUUUUCUCUUCCAUACCCUCAUAUUCAAUUAGUCACCAUGUUCUGUGAGUUCCACCUCUGAAAAGCAUCUGGGACCUUUAGUCUCUUCUACCACUAGCCUACUCAAGUCUUCUGAAGCAUUUUUUGCUUGAACUGUUGUGUCUGUAUUGGAUAUGCUUAGGUGUGUCUAUCCUGCCUGUGGUCUUCUCAGAAAAUCUUUGCCCAGAGCUCCUGCAAAGUGAAUGUGAGACACUCUGGCUAUAACUGAUGAGAUCAGUGGCAAACUAAGGAAAUCAGCCCAAUCAAUCCAGUCUUUGCCCACUGACAUGAGAAUUGACAAGGCAACAUGGCCUUGGAGAUGACAGCAUGCAAGAAAAGAAAGCUGGUUCAGGAUAAGAGACAGGAAGAAUCAAAGAAGUAAAUUAUACAGCCACUGAGAGAGAGAAGACGAUUCUUGGUUUUUAGUGGCUUCUUAGCCCCAGUUCCUGUGAGGCUUCGUACAGCGUUACUGUGUUUCCUAUGUUUAUGAUAUUGCCUUUUGUAGCACGAGUACUCCUUUACUUGAGCUAGCUGAAUUCUGUUGUUUCACCCAAAUAUCCUCUACAACAGCUUCUAAAUAGUCUUUUUUCUGUCUUGCCUCUCUCCAAACCAAUGAUUACCAACCUCGGAUGCAUUGGAACCACCUUAGAAGAUUAAAAUCAACAAUGUUUCUGGUUUCUAUCCCCAGAUGUUCUGAUUCAAGUAAUUUAGAGGUGGCCUGCAUUUGAUUGGUUAAAAUCUCUACAGGUGAUUCUGGUACUCAGCAAACACUACAAAACCAGUGUUUCCAGAAAUUUUAUUAUAAUAAUAAUUGCCUGGGAUACUGCUUAAAAAUAGAUAUUCUUGGACUUCUCUAGAUUUGGAGUGGAACCCAGUGAUAUAUAUAUUUACUAUAACUUGCAGGUAAUUCUUAUAAUUAGGAAAGUUUGGAAAACACUGCUGUCAUCUGCCCUUCACCUUGCUGCUAAAAUAAUCUUUGUAAAACAUAUAAUUGUCUAGCCAAAGAACUUUAAAUAACUUGCCAUUACAUCUCAGAUGAAGCACAAAUUCCUUGGCAGAACAUUUAAGAUCACUCGCAGCCCUUUAGGUUUGUUCGUGUUCUUUGUGUCUCUGCCUGAAAACCCCCUGCCUUUGCUUACCUAGAAAACGGACACAUACUUAAAGGCUCAGUUCGAGGGUUACCUAUUCUAUGUGACUGUCCUGCCUCGCCUUAAGGAGAAUUUUUCUUCUUUUUCUGACACUCCAUAGCACUUUGUACCAACGUCUAUUACAUGUUAAUGGGUACCUGUUUUGAGUUUCUGAAAAACACUCUGUUUUCUUUUUCUUGUACCCCUCAGUGCUUAGUAUGGUGCCUAGCACAAAAGAAGUGCUCAAUGAACAUUAGUUGAAUAAAUGAGUGCAUUAGUAAAGAUUUAUUCUACCCUCUGUCAGCACUUCAGUUUGUUCCUUGAGUAAUGGAAGGCAUUUUGAAAAGUUGGCUAGGGUUAGUUGCUAUACUGUUUUUGCCAAUUUAUAUCAAUCUUUUUUUUUUUUGGCGCUGGCCUGUCUUUGGUAAGUUUUAAUAGGCCUCUUUAAAUCAUGAUCUUUCUGUUUUUAAUAGAAAAUACAUGCAGUCCAUAUUCCAUGUUCAUCAAGUCUCUGUUAGAAUAGCUUGGAGCCUGAAAGUUGUGUCUGUAUUGGAUAUGCUUAGGUGUGUCUGUCCUGCCUGUGGUCUUCUCAGAAAAUACACUAGUGUUAGGGUUAAAGCUCACAAAUUAUCUGAUCUAAGGUAAUAUGUCUUUCUCACUGUCUGUCCUUGCCUACAUUUUGCACAUUCAAGGAAAGCGACUCCAUGGCCAAAAGAACAAAAGCCAGUGGGUGAAGUAGGGAAACAAACAAAACAAAACUCUGAAUAAAUGCAAAAUGAAAACAGCCAAUGCUAGAGGGAAAAAAGAAAAGGUGAAAGAACAGCAGAUUUGGUUAUUAGAAGCUAUAAAGUGAAAUCCUUUAUGUUUUUUUCUUGUAACAUUUUAGGUCUUUCUAAAUUUGCCUAAGCCGACUUACUUUUCGAGGGAAGAUUUUUUUAUUGUCCAAUGUUUUGGUGCCAAUUUUUGUAGCACAAACUGAAGCUAAAUUUGCAGCCAGUUAGCAUAUAAUUUAUUUUAAAAGCUUAAAUGGGAUCUUUUCCAUGCAAGGUAAAGCUUUGCAAAUACAAAGCCAGCAAGAACAGUGAAUAGUUCUUACUCAUUUUAGGUGUUGAUGGAGGGGACUGGGUGUAUUUCGGCUGGAGUCCUCAGUCCCAGCAGCAAAUGCAACACUCUUCCAACAUCAUUCUGGAAGGAGGGAGAGGCUGUUUGUGUAAGAGUUUGAAAUGUUAUCUUUUGUGGCAAGGAUAAUGUGAUUCUAUGUCAGCUCUUCCUCUAUUUUCCUCUUUUGCUGAGGCACCAGUAUCAUCAUGCUCCUGAAUUAAGAAUCCGUGGAUAGAACACCGAAUGCCAAAUAAGAGUUUUCUUCUGAUGCUUGUUGGUCUUCAUUCUAAUAAUUUAUCACCUAGCCUUACAAAGUACUUUUUAUCUGAGUGUUCAAAAAAAAUGACUGAUUCUUUGACCCUUGAAAGAAAAUGGAUAUUAUCUCAUUUUUCUUUACAGUAUUCCUAACAGCAGAUUACGUAUCUUUUCUAUUCAGUGGUAGAGAUAGAAGAGAUGGUCUCCACUGGAUAUUAAAAACUUUGCAGCAGAGGAGAAGAUGGUGUCAAAUUUACUCUUUAGGGCCUAGGUCCAUAGACUAUAAAUGUAUCUUCAAUACUAUACUAGGUUAGCACAAGUUUUUCCAGUUGUUUCUGUCUCUGGGGUGCUGUGUGGUCUUAGCUAUCUGGACACCCUUCUCUACUAGGCUUGCUUGAUUGGGUUGCAAGAAGAGGAUACUUGUUAUAUUUAUUACAUUUAUUUUCUAUUUAAGACAGAGACACUGAAACAGAGAAGGGAAAAAUUAUUUGUCUCAGAGCAAAGCAUUACUCAUUAUUGAAUCUAGUUCCACAACAGCAAACUAUUGAUUUCUACCUAUGCUAUGUGCUUUGGUGUUUUUGUCACUUAUUUUUUUUUCCUUUCACAUUAUUAUUUUUAUUGUCUUUUACAAUGGUCCUUAACUUCAAGAUAAGUUUAAAUGGAUGUCAAAGAAAAGACCAAUUCGAAAAAGUGUGUAAGUAGUAAAAUGACUGAUUCUUUGACCCUUGAAAGGAAAAGAAACAAUCAUGCUUACAAGUUUAAAAGAAUUGUUCAGUUGGAUGAUUCUGAAAGGAUACAGCCUUGUUAUUAACACUGAAAAGUUUAAUUACAUUUCAUUAUACUAUACUAGCUUCUCUUAAUUGGUAAAAGGGGACUAUGAAAGCAAAAACAAAAAUGCUUAAUCUCUAGGAGCUAGAUUUUCCUCGCUGCUUUGUAAUGUAAAUGUGCCUGUGUGUAUAUUAAAAUUCACACACUCCAUCCAUCUCACUGGCUUUUAAUGGAGGGGUCACCUGACUUCACCUAGAGCCGCCCCCCUCCCUUUCCCAGAGGAAACCCAAAAGUGAGAGACAGGCGCGUAGAUAACACAGGUUCUUGUGCUGAGAGAUGUAAAUGCCCCUGACUGACCGGGAAGCGAGCGAGGUUGCUGGUGGGGGUUGGGGAAAGGGAAACGGAGGGAGAGAGCUUAAGCGAGAGAGGGGAGAAGGAGAGAGAGGGAGAGGGAGAGAGGGAGAGGCAGAGGGAGACAGAGAGAGAGAGAGAGAAGUGCUGCAUGCUUCAUCUUUGAGAGGAGGGAAAACAAAAGAGCUCAGCGGCAGUUUUGUGUUGCUGUGUCUGGCUUAAAGAGGAAAAUUCUAGACAUCCAUGUUGAAAAAUCAAAGCUCAGCUGAGACUACUUCUAUCAAGAAAAUUAUUUUUAUCUGCGAAUGGGUUGGAUCAGUACAGGUGGUUUGAGAAGACACUGACUGAGGACCAUGGAAAGGUGGGAGAGGACGUGCGGCUUCUCUGCUUCCUUUGAACAGAGCUCUAGGCACCACAAGGCCACAUAAGGAGGGUGAGGUCCCUGGAGUGGAUUAUAUUUUCAUCACUGUUGAAGAUUUUAUGGAAUUGGAGAAAAGUGGUGCUCUCCUAGAAAGUGGGACUUAUGAAGACAAUUACUACGGUACCCCAAAGCCGCCAGCAGAACCAGCACCAUUAUUGUUAAAUGUAACAGACCAGAUACUUCCAGGAGCCACUCCAAGUGCUGAAGGAAAACGGAAGAGGAAUAAAUCAGUGAGCAACAUGGAGAAAGCCAGUAUAGAGCCUCCUGAGGAGGAAGAGGAAGAGAGGCCUGUGGUCAAUGGAAAUGGAGUAGUAGUAACACCAGAAUCCAGUGAACAUGAAGACAAAAGUGCAGGUGCCUCAGGGGAGAUGCCCUCCCAGCCUUAUCCUGCACCAGUGUACAGUCAGCCUGAGGAGCUGAAGGAGCAGAUGGAUGACACAAAGCCAACUAAACCUGAAGACAAUGAGGAACCAGACCCAUUGCCUGAUAACUGGGAAAUGGCCUAUACAGAGAAGGGCGAAGUCUACUUCAUUGACCAUAACACAAAGACAACAUCAUGGCUGGAUCCACGACUUGCGAAAAAGGCUAAACCUCCAGAAGAGUGCAAAGAAAAUGAGCUUCCAUAUGGCUGGGAAAAAAUCGAUGAUCCCAUUUAUGGCACUUAUUAUGUUGACCACAUAAAUAGAAGAACACAGUUUGAAAAUCCUGUCCUGGAAGCAAAAAGGAAGCUACAGCAACAUAACAUGCCCCACACAGAACUUGGAACAAAGCCCCUGCAGGCCCCAGGUUUCCGAGAAAAACCACUCUUCACCCGGGAUGCAUCCCAGUUGAAGGGAACAUUCCUCAGCACCACCCUAAAAAAGAGCAACAUGGGCUUUGGAUUUACCAUCAUUGGUGGAGACGAGCCUGAUGAGUUUCUGCAGGUGAAAAGUGUGAUUCCGGAUGGGCCUGCAGCACAGGAUGGAAAAAUGGAAACAGGUGAUGUCAUUGUCUAUAUUAAUGAAGUUUGUGUCCUUGGACACACUCAUGCAGAUGUUGUCAAACUUUUCCAGUCUGUUCCUAUUGGUCAGAGUGUCAACCUGGUGUUGUGUCGUGGCUACCCUUUGCCCUUUGAUCCUGAAGACCCUGCUAACAGCAUGGUGCCACCCCUUGCAAUAAUGGAGAGGCCACCUCCAGUGAUGGUCAAUGGAAGACACAACUAUGAAACAUAUUUGGAGUACAUUUCUCGGACCUCACAGUCAGUUCCAGAUAUAACAGAUCGGCCGCCUCAUUCUCUGCACUCCAUGCCAACUGAUGGUCAGCUAGACGGCACGUAUCCACCGCCCGUCCAUGAUGACAAUGUGUCUAUGGCUUCAUCUGGGGCCACCCAAGCUGAACUUAUGACCUUAACCAUUGUGAAAGGUGCCCAGGGCUUCGGCUUCACUAUUGCCGACAGUCCUACAGGACAGCGGGUGAAACAAAUACUUGACAUUCAGGGAUGCCCUGGCCUGUGUGAAGGCGACCUCAUUGUUGAGAUCAACCAGCAGAAUGUACAGAACCUGAGCCAUACAGAAGUAGUGGAUAUACUUAAGGACUGUCCCAUUGGAAGUGAAACUUCUUUGAUUAUCCAUCGAGGAGGUUUCUUUUCUCCAUGGAAAACUCCAAAGCCUAUAAUGGACCGAUGGGAGAAUCAAGGCAGUCCUCAAACGAGUUUAUCUGCUCCGGCCAUACCACAGAACCUGCCCUUCCCACCUGCCCUUCACAGGAGCUCCUUUCCUGACUCAACAGAGGCCUUUGACCCACGGAAGCCUGAUCCAUAUGAGCUCUACGAGAAAUCUAGGGCCAUUUAUGAAAGUAGGCAACAAGUGCCACCCAGGACCAGUUUUCGAAUGGAUUCCUCUGGUCCAGAUUAUAAGGAAUUGGAUGUUCAUCUUCGGAGGAUGGAGUCUGGAUUUGGCUUCAGAAUCCUCGGGGGAGAUGAGCCUGGACAGCCUAUUUUGAUUGGAGCCGUCAUUGCCAUGGGUUCAGCCGACAGAGAUGGCCGCCUUCACCCAGGAGAUGAGCUUGUGUAUGUUGAUGGGAUUCCAGUAGCUGGCAAAACUCACCGCUAUGUCAUCGACCUCAUGCACCACGCAGCCCGCAAUGGGCAGGUCAACCUCACUGUGAGAAGAAAGGUGCUAUGUGGAGGGGAGCCCUGCCCAGAGAACGGGAGAAGUCCAGGCUCUGUAUCCACCCACCACAGCUCUCCACGCAGUGACUACGCAACCUACACCAACAGCAACCACGCUGCCCCCAGUAGCAAUGCCUCUCCCCCUGAAGGCUUCGCCUCCCACAGCCUGCAGACCAGUGAUGUGGUCAUUCACCGCAAAGAGAACGAGGGCUUCGGCUUUGUCAUCAUCAGCUCCCUGAACAGGCCUGAGUCUGGAUCCACUAUAACUGUGCCCCAUAAAAUCGGACGCAUCAUUGAUGGGAGUCCUGCAGAUCGCUGUGCAAAACUAAAAGUGGGAGACCGGAUCCUAGCAGUGAAUGGCCAGUCUAUCAUCAACAUGCCUCACGCUGACAUCGUGAAGCUCAUCAAGGAUGCAGGUCUUAGUGUCACCCUUCGCAUCAUUCCUCAGGAGGAGCUCAACAGCCCCACCUCGGCACCCAGCUCAGAGAAGCAGAGUCCCAUGGCGCAGCAGAGUCCCCUGGCACAGCAGAGUCCCCUGGCCCAGCCAAGCCCAGCCACCCCCAACAGCCCCAUCGCCCAGCCAGCACCACCUCAACCACUUCAGCUGCAAGGACACGAAAAUAGUUACAGGUCGGAAGUGAAAGCAAGGCAAGAUGUGAAACCAGACAUCCGACAGCCUCCAUUCACAGACUACAGGCAGCCCCCGCUGGACUACAGGCAACCCCCAGGAGGGGACUACCAGCAGCCCCCACCCUUGGACUACAGGCAGCCUCCCCUGCUGGACUACAGGCAGCACUCCCCCGACACCAGGCAGUACCCUCUGUCGGACUACAGACAACCCCAGGAUUUUGAUUAUUUCACUGUGGACAUGGAGAAAGGAGCCAAAGGAUUUGGAUUCAGCAUUCGUGGAGGAAGGGAAUACAAAAUGGAUUUGUAUGUGUUGAGACUGGCAGAAGAUGGACCAGCAAUAAGGAAUGGGAGGAUGAGGGUAGGAGAUCAAAUCAUUGAAAUCAAUGGGGAAAGCACAAGGGACAUGACACAUGCCAGAGCAAUAGAACUCAUCAAAUCUGGAGGAAGACGAGUGAGGCUGCUGCUCAAGAGAGGCACGGGACAGGUCCCAGAAUAUGGAAUGGUACCUUCCAGUCUCUCCAUGUGCAUGAAAAGUGACAAGCAUGGGUCCCCAUAUUUCUACUUAUUGGGCCACCCUAAAGACACGGAAAGAUCCAAACUGGCUAGAACUGACAAUAGGAAGGACGAACCCGCCCCCUGGAGUUCUCCCGCUGCCGCCGCCCCAGGUCUGCCGGAAGUAGGCGUCUCCCUGGACGACGGCCUCGCUCCAUUCUCUCCAUCACAUCCAGCCCCACCCUCCGACCCUUCCCACCAGAUAAGCCCAGGCCCAACUUGGGAUAUCAAACGGGAACACGACGUUAGGAAACCAAAGGAGCUUUCAGCCUGCGGCCAGAAGAAGCAGCGCCUCGGGGAGCAGAGGGAGCGCUCGGCGAGUCCGCAGAGGGCCGCGCGGCCGAGGCUCGAGGAGGCGCCCGGCGGCCAGGGGCGGCCCGAGGCCGGCAGGCCUGCCUCGGAGGCCAGGGCGCCCGGGCUCGCGGCGGCAGACGCGGCGGACGCGGCGCGGGCGGGCGGGAAGGAGGCGCCCCGUGCGGCGGCGGGCUCCGAGCUCUGCCGGCGCGAAGGCCCGGGGGCUGCGCCGGCGUUUGCCGGCCCGGGCGGCGGCGGCGGCAGCGGCGCGCUGGAGGCCGAGGGCAGGGCGGGUGCGCGCGCGGGUCCCCGGCCGGGCCCGCGACCCCCGGGGGGCGCCCCCGCGCGCAAGGCCGCCGUCGCGCCGGGGCCCUGGAAGGUGCCGGGCUCUGACAAGCUGCCGGGCGUCCUCAAACCCGGCGCCUCGGCCGCCAGCAGAUGAGCCGCGCGGCCACGGCCAACCCGCCCGCCCGGCGCAGGCAGUUCUUCUUAGGUUCCGUCUCACGGCGUUUUAAUUUAUUUUCACUGUCACACGCAUAGAUCCACGAGGCACCAAGGCCUGGGAGCAUCGACGUGAAGUCCCACGUGUCCGGUGUGCUUGGGCGGCAUCGCAUCAACGCGCGGACCUAAACUGAUCCUAAAGCCCCCGGUUCCCUUGUGGGGGCUUUGGCAGCUAUGGAAGAACCAAAAUAACGUGAAGAACAUCACAGAGAGACAGUGCAGUGUAGCUUUAGUUUAAGAAAAAAAAAUAUUCCUCCCCACUGCAUGAAGGACUUGGAUGUCAUCCAAACUUUAUAUCAAGAAACAGGACAAAGUUAAGAGCAAUCACAAACUGGAAUAUCGCCUUAAAAAAUCAAACUGCACGGAGCAAGUUGAAACUGAGACAAGAUUAUAUCUUUUAAUUGAUCUAAAGCGUUGUAAAUAAAUUGUUCUCGACAUAUCUAGACAGGGGUUAAAGGGUUUCUUUGACACAUUCGGAACCGUUCACCCAUGACAUGUUUCCAUGGCUCACCCUUGGCAUCCAUCCUCGGUGUUAGCAGCAGCGUUCCCUGCCUCCUGCAGGAUGACUUAGAAAUCUAGUGAGUUUCUUGGUGUGAUGCCAUUUUUAUUGCCCUUUCUGUGAUCAAAUCAUAUUUCUGUACAUUUUCAGUGGUAGAAAAAAAGGUUUUAAAAAUUGUAUCCUAGGGAACAGUUUGCCAUAAGUCAGAAUUUUGCAGUUUAGCUCAUAGAUCUUAAUUGGUUUUUCUCUAAAAUAUGAAUUUUAUAAUUGAAGGACCACAAUUUGUUUAAUCAAGAUAGGCAACGCUGCAGUUCCUUUAUGAAGAGGCUUUUCUGUCGUCCCAGGCUAGCAGAGAUGGAUAGCUUCUUUGUCAGCAAUGUGAUUUCACUUAUUUUAUUGUCUUAUUUUAAACCCUGUCUCCAUGACUUCAUUUGCACUUUGACAGAGCAGAGGCAGAGUAUUUGUCUUAUAUUUCUCAGAUUAUAAUAUUAAAAAAUUACAACCAAUUUAUUUUCAUUAAAGAACGUGAGACUUUUUAGCAUUCCUUUCUGCUUAUCCUUCUUUCCUUACCCUUUGUCCUUUUGUUUCCAUUAGUUUUCUUUCGUCUUGUAUUCCUUGCCACUUUAUUUUGUUAGCAACUUCUAGAUGUUUAUCUUCAUGGAUCUAUGAUUGACCUCCUAGUAAAAUUCUAAGUCUUGCCUUUCUUCCCUGCUGUUUUAGCAUUUCUUUGUAAAAUGUUAGCUUCAAUUAAUUAGCCAUUGGUACUUACUGUAGCUACACAUAUUAAAAGGCAAAGUGUUUCUGAAGGCAAUUUCUUUUUAAUAUGCCCGAAUGAAUGAGGCUUCAUCCUUUACAUAUUCUUACUCUUUACAGGAGUUCAAAUGCAAAUAAGCUUCACCUCCCUGCACUUGUAGUCUAAAAAGUAAAAGGGGCGAUCAGGUCCAUCUCAAAGGUCAUACGUAAUAGCCUCCCUGGGCUGAUCAUUCCCUCUCCUUGUAAUUGCAGUAUCCUGAGUAGCAGUUUAAUUUUCAUCAAAUAUCGGAGUCGUUUAGUUGUUUGACAGGAGAAGAAUAAGGUUGAAAGCCUCAAGUGAAGGAUCUUGCAGCUUGUAAAAGCAAUUUCCAAAAAUGAAACCCAUUCAUCGUAAACAAAAGCACAAACACAUGUAGCAGUUUAUAAUGCUUUUGGUUUAAUCUCAAUUAGUCUUUCUCCCCUGGACUAGAAAUCCAGUAUAGUUUGCCAUUAAUUUAUUGAAUCUGGUUUUGGACAAUGCUUCUGUAGUGUAGCUGCACGUCCUGGUACUGUAUCCUCUGACUUUAUUUUCCAUGUAUUACAAAAGGAAAAAAAAAUUGAGAUUACACUGGCAUAAACUCUAGUUUGCACAGUUCACAGCUACUACUUGUGCAGUAAUUGCUUUAUGCGGCUGUAAUCCAUAACCUGUGAAGACAGCACAUCAUCUAAAUCCCAUUCCAAAUAAUAUUUGUGUAGUGUUAGCUGUGAAUUUACCCUGUACAGCUGUAUCUCUAUAAAUAUAAUUCCAUGUAUUAAUAGUCACAGAAAGACUGUAAGUGAGCAACUAUUUUUAUGAAACGCACCACUAUGGAUAAAUUAACUUUUACAGAAAUCUUGUUUACUGUAUGAUAUUCUAAAACACUGUCAAAUAAAAUAUAUAUCCAAAAAUCU